AUGGGAAAGCCAAAUUUAAUCGUCAUUUGCCAAAAUGUUUCACAAACAAAACAACAGAAAAUUCAUCAAAAUAAAUUCUGCUUUGAAUUAUUUCAAUUUAGAUUAAAAUUAAUUCAUCAGGAAAAGGAAUUGCAAGCACAACUUCAUUAUUUGGAUCAACAGUUGAGAAAGAAUUCAGAGCAGUUUCAAUUCGAGUCAUCUGUGAAUGAAGACAACCCAAGCAUUGUAGAAACAAGGGAACAGUCGACUCGAGAUGUUGACAAAGAAAACAUUCCAGUAAAGACCGAUAAUAAAAUUUUAAAAUAUGCUGCGGUGGGGCAAUCAGAUCCGGUUUCAUUUAUUAAAGUCAUAAAACAGCAUGUUCCAGUUGAAAUUUCUCAUCCAGGUCAUCCAGGACUUCACCACCACAGCCACCACCAACAUCGUCAACAACAGAAACAAUUGAAUUUAUCGACUAAUGAAACCUCAAAAACUUUAAGGACAUUGAAUUAUCUCAACAGACUUUCCAGUCGUUCGCAAGCUGAUUUCUAUCAACAACAGGAAAUUUCAGCUCCAGUUCCAAGCGAAUAUGAUACUGAACCAUUUUACAUAAACACACUGGAGAAUGAAACCAUAAAAAUUAUUCCCGUCCCUUACUACAUUGAUCAGAAUGGCAACAAGCGAGAAGUUUUCACUUCAACAUCCUCUGAACAUCACACAGACGACGAUGAACUCUUUCCAAGUCAUUAA